ACACACACACACAUCUGGCUGAACUGGGAGUCAGGUGGCUGAUUUGUGCCUGGCGGCAGCAGCACCACUAAUAUUUCCUUUUUACCAUCUCUGUCCUUGGCCCUCUUGAAUACAUCAAGCCAUGGAGGCAGUGACUGUGUAUCAUGGCAAGAUCAGCCGGGAGACUGGGGAGAAGCUACUGCUUGCCAGGGGACUUGAUGGCAGCUAUUUGUUGAGAGACAGCGAGAGUGUUCCAGGAGUGUACUGCUUGUGUGUGCUGUAUCAAGGUUAUAUUUAUACAUAUAGAGUGUCCCAGACAGAAACUGGAUCUUGGAGUGCUGAGACAGCACCUGGGGUACAUAAAAGAUUUUUCCGGAAAAUAAAAAACCUCAUUUCAGCAUUUCAAAAGCCAGAUCAAGGCAUUGUAAUACCUCUGCAGUAUCCAGUUGAGAAGUCCUCAGCACGAAGUACACAAGGAACUACAGGGAGAAGAGAGUCUGAUGUCUGCUUGAAAACUCCAUGAAGAAAAAUAAAACACUUUACUGUCAAUAAUUUAAAUAUAGAUUAAGUCUUGUAUGUUGUAGAUGAUAUAGUUCAGUGAGCCACAAAUGCGUUUCUAGUUCCAUCAUAGUCCUAUGAUGGAAGCAUCUAGCCUGAUGUUUAAGCUGAAAUGGACCUUGUAGAUAAUGAAGUGCUUUGAAAUAGGAUAGAGAAAAAUGAUUCCUUAGGUUAUUUUUAGUUAUUAUAUUUUAAAAAUAAGAGAGAAGUUAAAGCCUAGUGAGUACUUUAUGAAAGAUUAAUGUCAAUUCUUGCCAAACAUAAAUAAAACUAAUCCUCAGCUUUAGUCAAAAAGACCACUUUUGAAAGGUGAGAUAUUCUGUGAUAGUGAUUUUUGAGUGUCUCUGAUUGUAGGGUGGGAAGGUAGUUAUAAUGUGCAAUGUUGCACUAGCUAUGAUGUGAUAGGCUGUUUUGGGCUUUGAAACUGUAUGCUUAAACAAGUGCUAGAUAAAUAAUGAAGAAAUCCAGUUGAAAUAUGAAAGAAACUUACUUGUCUAGAAUUCUAGUUUUGGACAUAAGAUAUACAAACCAAUCUGGAGCUUAAAGUCCUAUAAUUUAAGAUGUUCUAAAUGUUUGUUCUAUUUGAUACUACAGAUGAGUGGUCUGAUGAAGUGGACUUUUCUUCUUUUCAUUUAUCUGUGUCCCAGUUGUUCCUAUUACCUGUAAAAUCUCAUUUGGAAGGGAAUUGUGAAACCACUGGAAAGUUUAUCUUUACAUUAAUUAAUUAUAAUUUUUCUGAAACUUAAAUGAGAGUCCAAAUUUUAUACAGCAUUUUCUCUUCACUGCUAUAUUGUCAUCACUUGUUGAGUGAUUACAUGCCAACCUGCUUCAGGCCUUCCAGAAUUCAUUUAUUCAUUCAACAAUGUAAUAGGUUGCUGGGAAUAGAGAAGUAAAAGCACUUGUUAGCUGCUCUUAAGUAGUUCACCAUACAUUUGGACAAGAAACCCCAACAACAAUAAAAACAAUAUAAGGAAAGGACAAAAAUAACUAUAAAAGUUUAUAAGUAUGUAAGUGAGGUUUCCAAUAUGUCUUUAGAAACAGUUGAGUUGAUGCAAAUACUCUGGUCUAUGUUAUAUAGGAAAAGACUAUAUUGGACUGUAAACUAAUAUGUUAAAAAUCUGGGCUGUACAUUAAUCUGGGGGCUUGGUUAAUAAUUAGUGAAUUCCUAACAGACAUAGUUACUCUUUGUCCCUUGAGCAUUUAAUAUGGAUAGCAGAGAAGUGCAAAGGUGGAGUAUAAACACUAGUACAGUGUAGGCAGUUCCCAAUUUCUUGAAGUAAUAAGCACCACUUGUAAAGGAAUUCAGAAACCUAAUUUCAAAUUAAAAUGCCCACAAAUAAAUAAUUUUACUGCCUCUAAUUUGUUAAUUCUGAAACAAUACUACAUAUAUGAAUGAUGUCUGCAUGUUCCUUUAUGAAAGUCCUUUUUUGAAGAAAGCUUUCUGCUAUCACACUUUAAAAAAGUAUCUGAAAACUUUAUCAAACUACUUUUGUUUUAGUAUAUCCAUCUAAAAUGUUUAAAGAGGUGCAAGUCAUCAAACUGAAGCAUGAUAAAGGUUUUUAAACCAAUUUCCUAGAAAAGGCAAGUAUUUUUCUGAUUUAGGUAUGAUCAAACUUCCCAGUUGAUGAACAUACUUCCACCCUCUUUGGCUUUACUUUUAUUCAUCAAAUUUACUGCAUUUUUUACUUCCCAAUGUGAUCAUCUUUUUUAGUUUCCAGUAUAUAAUAGACUACACUUUUACAGAAAUAUCAUAUCCUGGCUGUAUCUAAAAUAUUUCCAUAUUAACAUGUACAUGUGGAGUCAAAGUAGAAAAAUGUAUAUAUAAUUCUAAGUGUGUCCUUCUCUUUAGGGAAAAAAGUAUGUCAGCAAGUCCACAGCUUAUGAAAUACCUGUUCAUUUCCUCUGAAAUUUGUUCUUAAGAGAUAAGAUAAUUGUCUGCUUAGAUAAUUUCUGUUUAACUGUGACAGGCAAGAAUGCUUGUGAUAGUGAACAGGUAGAACAAAUCUACAGAGAAUUCCUCUGAUUAAGUCAUCUAGUACAAAUAAAGGACUGCAAUGAAGAUAUUCUUUGAAGUAGAAUGCACAGAAAAUUGUAAAAAAUGUGAGAAGCCGUUUAUAAUCUUGUUAAGGAUGUUUCACUAUUUACUGACCUCUUAUGUGAUUCAUGUUGUUAGCUCAGAAACCAAAAUCUAUUCAUAAUAAAACUCAAGUUUGCCCUUGAGCAUUUCAAGGUUACAGGAUGCUUAGUUUUCCUGUUCGGGUGCUAUAAAUUUGAACAUUUUUUUACCUAUGUUUGCACUUGUAGUUAGUGGGAAUCCAUUAAUUUUCAACCUGAAGCUGGGGGUGAAGUUAAACUACCUCAUUUGGACACUUUUAUAAUUUAGGGUCAUUGGCCAAACAUGUAGUAAAAAGCAGAAUUUUUUUUCAUUAGGUCAUUUGGAGAUUUAUGUAGAAAAGUAUAACAAACAUGAUCAAAUGGAUAGUGCCCAUACAUACAUACACACAUGAGCGUGUGCACACAUGCGCGCACACACACCCACACCCACACCCACCCCUUGAUUGCUCCUCCUAUCCCAAGAUUGAAUUGAUUUUUUAUAACAUGAUAGAAGUUGGUAUCAUAUUCAGUGUUAAAGCAAGAGUACAUGAGACCUGACAUUUCCUUUCAGUUUUGCCAAUGAUUAUCUUUGUGAACUUAUAUAAGACAGUUUGUUACUCUUAUCGUGUUUUUCAAGUAGGAAUACUGAAGUCUUGUUUACCCUCAAAGGAUUAUUGUAUUACCAGAAUCAUAACCUUAAAAUGGUAAUAUUAUUAAAUGUUUGAUGGUGUUGAUAUUUGAAGAUCUCUACAAUCUACAGUAAAUAGGGAAGGUACACAGAAACAGCUCUUAUUUUCCUUUAGUGAUUGCUGUGUAAUAGGAAUAAAAACUCCUAUCUUUUUAUUUUAACUCUGAGGGUCAAUGGGGAAUGCAUAGUUUGAAAUAUUCCCAAGUGAUUAUAAUAAUAACCCUCCAUUUUGCUGAUGAGAUGUAUUGAUACCAAGAUUAUCUUCUGCUCCAUAAUCUUUUCAGCUGUCUUUGUACAUGUGUGCCUCUGUGUGUGUAUGCAUAUGUGUGAUGCCAUACAUAUGAUAUUACAUAUACAUAUUAUUGAUUAGAAAAGCAGCAGGGCAUUUUGAAGUGAUAUAAAUUCCAAGUUUCAGUCAAGGGUAGUUUGGAGUAUAUAUGCCACAUUAUUAUCUAGUUGAAUUUUUCAAGAUCUGUUGGCCAGCUUUUCCAGUGUCACUUGGAAAUAUCUUCUAGUGGAAAGUGAGUGAUAAAUGGCAAUUGCAAUGACUUGUAGUGUAGGGCCUCUGAAGAGCUUACUGUUUUUUUUUUUUCUUUCUUGGUCUGUCAUGAUUUCUAUCUCCAACUCUCGUAUCCAUUUUUUGCCAAUCAUCUGGGUGUUCUUUUCUCCUAGCUCUCUCUCACUACCCACUCCCCCUUCUAUUUUUCUUUAUUGCUGCGAAAGGCAUCAAAAUGAAACCUAUUAAAAUGUCAUAACGUGGAUGCAUUUAAAUCCACAGUAGCUACCCUUCUUUGUUUAUUAAGUAGUCAUUUAUGUCAUAGAUCCUAUUUGUAUGAAAAUAAAAAUGAACAGAAUUUUGCUUCAAA